UUCCUAGCAUUCCAGAAGAAAGAGAGAGAGAGUAAUCUUCCCUGCCGAAAGAAGCGUAUCAGAGUAGUUUCACUAUCUGCGGUUCUUACCUAAGGGAUUCUUGGGAGGAAGGAUGUUUGGAUCGUACUUUCUUGGAGAUCUCUAGAAGGAGCGCAUCCCCUCCUGACCCAAACCAAAGAACACUGAUUAAUCUCGAUUUCUUCUCUUCUUAUUUUAUAGAGAGAAAGCACACCCCAUCUGGUUAAUCUCUCACACCAGCUUUGAGCGACAAACCAAAUUUUGGUGUUCUUGAGUAUUCGUCUUGUUUGAUAUUCUAGAGAGAGAAAGUGACAGAAAUACAGGCAUCCAUCCAUCGGCAAAGAAACCCAUCAGAGAGAGAAUGGCUUUUGAAGCAGCGAGUAGCAGCGAGAGGGAAGAAGGAGAGGGAAGGAGUGAAAUUAGAGAGGUAGCGAGCGGAACUGAAAACAACAAGAAGGGUCAAGAAUGGGAUGGAACGACUGAAAUUACAGAGGUAAAAGAGUCUUUGGAGAACCAUCUGCCUGCUUACGAUCAUGCGACAAACCUCAUGUGGCGUAUGGAAGAAGAGGGAGCAGGCAAGAGGAAGGAGGAGGAAGGAGGACAGGGAACUAGUGAAAUUACAGAGCAGGUAGGGAGUGAGGUCACAUGGAAAUAUUUGCCCAAAAAUGAAAAUUGGCUAGGGGUAGGAACGAUGAAGGAUCACCAAACGGCUGCUGUUGUGUUCUAUAGGGUGAACCAGAAUAAAGUGGAAGAGGUUGAGAGAGAAUGUGGAGGAGAGAGAGAGCUAUGGCUUCAAGAAAAUGCUGGGCUUUUCAGUCCAAAAAGCAUAAGAAAUAGAAUGAUUGGGAAACGACCAAAACGACAGUGACGCCCAGAACGAUCCUUGUUACAUUUUUUGAGAUUUAGCAGUCAAUCAAUCUUUCUCAUUCAACUCUUUCGUGAUUUCUGUUUUCUUUUUAAUUUUCAAAGCAUCGAUUUCAUCUACAAUGUAUCCGAAUGCCAUUGUUUCACCAAAAGUCACAACCAUCAUGUUGUGAUCUG